AUGGGGUCCCGUUGGAGAACAGGUAACGGGGAGUCUGUUACGAUUUUGAAAGAUAGAUGGAUCCCGGGUAACGCUGGUUUUACGGUAAAGGGGAGAGUGUCGGGUCUUGCUGAGGAUGCAAAUGUGAGUGCAUUGAUUGAUAGAGAUUUUGGAACUUGGAAGAGGGAUCUUAUUUUCUCCUGUUUUGCUGAUGAGGAUGCUGCCCAAAUUGUUAACAUCCCUCUUGCUGUUAAUAAUGUGCCAGAUAAGGUGAUUUGGAACUAUGAAAAAGAUGGUGAAUUCUCUGUCUGCUCCGCUUAUCAUAUUUAUUUGCAGGUGAAGGACUCUCUUUUGCCAGGCCCGUCUUCUGCUCCAAACUCUAAGGUUUGGAAGGCAAUUUGGAAAGCUCUGGUAAACCCGCGAAUUCGUAACUUCCUGUGGAGAUUGGCAAAGAACAUCCUACCUACCAAGGACAAUCUGAGUAGGAGAGGGACGAUCUUGGAUACCUUGUGCCCGUUUUGUGCUGCAGCCCCUGAAACGGCCCAACACUUAUUCUGUCAGUGCCCCUUUGCCCAACAAACUUUCUUCUCAUCUAUCCUUAGCUUUAGAACUGAACCCAGGCUUGAUGUUAGAGACUGGUUAUUUAGUAUGUUGUACUGUGGUGAUGUCUUCAGCACUCAAUUGUUGGCAACCUUGUUGUAUCGUAUUUGGAUGGCGCGAAAUCUCUUGAUUUUUAAAAAUCAGUUGGCUGAUCCGGUGACAGUGGCCCACGAGGCACUUAACUGUGUUUCAGAUGAUAAUAAGUCCUUGCUUGUUCCGCCUUCCAAUAAUCUUUCUAUGCAAGAGAAGUAUAGCCCAAAGAAUGUCCACAUUCUCAAAGUUGAUGCGGGAGUUUUCUCUCCGAACUCAAUUGCUUUUGGUUGCGUUCUCAAAGCCCCAGAUGGUGGUGUUAUUCUAUCGGCAUGCAGGAAGGAGUCUUUGAAUACAGACCCGUUGACGGCAGAAAUGUUGGCUAUUCGCUGGAGUAUCCGUUUGGCGUUGGACCUAAAGAUUGAAAGAUUGGUGGUGCAGUCAGAUUGCCUCAAUGUUGUAAAUUGUGUUAACUCUGUUGCGGUGUUUGCUACAAUCGAACCAGUCGCUGAAGAUGUUAGAUGUUUAUUGAGUCAUUUUCUUUUUGCUUCUCUUAUGUACGUGGGCCGUAAGUUUAAUACUGAAGCCCAUAGUUUGGUUGGUGCUGGAAAUAUCCUAGGCUAA